AUGGAGAGAGUCAGGGGGGAAACGCCGUCCAUAGGCACAACCACAAAAACCGCUCGUGCAUCAAUCGAAGAUGUCGAGACCAAACGAGAAAAUGCGCGGAACGCCAACCCUAAAGGUUUCGUCAGUACCAAUCAAGGGAUUGAUAUCAAAGCUGCCGAAGCUGAGUUCGCGGAGCUUCAGCGAGAGUUGACGGGUAUCAGUACGAAGAGCAAGGCGUUAUCUAAAACGCGAACGAAGUCUAAAACCGCCGGCGAAAAGGAUGUAGAGAUGUCGGCAGAUUCAGUUGCUGACACCGAGGCGGAGCAAUUUGAUUUGGAGAAUACCCUCCGAGGUAACAGACAAGCCGAAGAAGACUCUGGCAUUCGUUCAAAACAUAUUGGAGUGUUAUGGGAUGGGCUUACGGUGCGCGGAACCGGAGGCGUGACAAACUUUGUCAAGACAUUUCCAGAUGCAUUUGUCAGUUUCUUCAAUGUGGUUGAAACUGCGAUGAAUAUAUUUGGUGUAGGCAAGAAAGGUAGAGAAACAAAUAUCUUGGAGAAUUUCAGGGGUGUGAUGAAGCCUGGAGAGAUGGUUCUUGUGCUGGGCAGGCCUGGGUCUGGUUGCACAACUUUCUUGAAAGUCAUCGCAAAUCAAAGAUUUGGUUACACAGGUGUGGACGGAGAGGUACUUUACGGCCCUUUCGACGCUCAUGAAUUUUCCAAAAAAUACAGGGGAGAAGCUGUCUACAAUCAAGAGGACGAUGUCCAUCAUCCCACUCUGACUGUAGGCCAAACCUUAGGUUUCGCGCUUGAUACCAAAACUCCGGGAAAGCGCCCACAUGGAAUGUCAAAGGCGGACUUUAAGGAAAAAGUAAUCGACACACUUCUUCGCAUGUUCAACAUCAGUCACACUCGUAAUACGAUUGUGGGCAAUGCUUUUGUCAGAGGUGUGUCUGGAGGAGAAAGAAAGCGUGUCUCCAUCGCGGAAAUGAUGGUCACAAGUGGUACGGUAUGCGCUUGGGAUAACAGUACAAGAGGACUCGACGCUUCGACCGCCCUUGAUUAUGCAAAAUCUCUGCGUGUUAUGACAAACAUCUAUAACACAACGACUUUUGUUUCAUUAUACCAAGCAAGUGAGAACAUUUACAAGCAAUUCGACAAAGUCUUGGUCAUCGAUGACGGAAGAGAGGUCUUCUUUGGACCGACAACUGAAGCGAGAGCCUAUUUUGAAGGUCUCGGCUUUAAGGAGAAGCCCCGUCAAACGACUCCUGAUUUCUUGACUGGUUGUACAGAUGAGUUCGAGCGCGAGUAUGCAACUGGUCGCUCUGCUGCAGAUGCACCACACAGCCCUGAGACAUUAGCUCAAGCCUUUUCGAACUCAAAGUUCUCAACUCGCUUGAGCCAGGAAAUGGACGACUACAAAAAGCAAGUCACCACCGACAAGAAAAUCCAUGAUGACUUUGAGGUCGCAAUUCAUGACAGCAAACGAAAGGGGGCAUCGAACUCUUCCGUGUACUCGAUUCCUUACCACUUGCAAAUAUGGGCUUUGAUGCAGCGACAAUAUUUGAUUAAGUGGCAAGACAAAUUCUCUUUGGUCGUCAGUUGGGCUACUAGUAUCACUGUCGCCAUUGUCUUAGGUACCGUGUGGCUUAAUUUACCCCAAACUUCUGCCGGAGCAUUUACUAGAGGUGGUCUUCUCUUCAUUUCACUAUUGUUCAAUGCCUUCCAAGCGUUUUCCGAAUUGGCAUCCACCAUGUUGGGUAGACCAAUUGUGAACAAGCAUAGAUCAUACACCUUCCAUCGUCCGUCCGCCCUCUGGAUCGCUCAAAUUAUAGUUGACACUGCGUUCUCUGCAGCCCAGAUUCUAUUGUUCUCGAUCAUUGUCUACUUUAUGUGCGGAUUAGUGAGAGAUGCUGGAGCAUUCUUCACUUUCUACUUGAUCAUCCUCAGUGGUUAUCUGGCCAUGACUCUCUUUUUCCGAACAGUCGGAUGUCUUUGCCCUGACUUCGAUUACGCAAUCAAGUUUGCCGCUACCAUCAUUACCUUUUUCGUCAUUACAUCCGGUUAUCUUAUUCAAUAUCAGAGCGAGAAGGUCUGGAUUAGAUGGAUCUACUGGAUCAAUGCACUUGGUCUUGGAUUCUCCGCGUUGAUGGAGAAUGAGUUCAGUCGUCUUAAUUUGACUUGUACAGGCGCAUAUCUUGUCCCAUCCGGUCCAGGUUACAAUAACAUCGAAAACCAAGUUUGUACGCUUGCCGGCAGUGUUGCUGGAUCUAACAUCGUCUCUGGUAGCGACUAUAUCACACAAGGAUAUGGCUACAAACCUUCUGACCUCUGGAGAAACUUUGGUAUUAUCGUGGUUUUGAUCGCUGCUUUCUUAUUUACCAACGCAACACUUGGCGAAUGGGUUUCAUUCGGAGCUGGCGGUAACGCUGCCAAAGUGUAUCAGAAACCCAACAAGGAGCGUGAGGACCUCAAUAAAGCAUUGACCACCAAGCGCGAUCAACGCCGUGCCACCAAGAGUGAAGAAGAAGGUUCAGAAAUCAACAUCAACUCGAAGGCUAUCUUGACCUGGGAAGGAUUGAAUUACGAUGUCCCAACUCCGGCUGGAGAAUUACGUCUUUUGAACAACAUUUUCGGUUAUGUUCAACCAGGUGAAUUGACAGCGCUUAUGGGAGCAUCUGGUGCUGGAAAAACAACAUUGCUUGAUGUUCUGGCCUCAAGAAAGAAUAUUGGUGUUAUUUCUGGUGAUGUUCUCGUUGAUGGUAUCAAGCCAGGUAACUCUUUCCAAAGAGGAACUUCAUACGCUGAACAACUCGAUGUCCACGAAGGUACUGCAACUGUCCGAGAGGCACUUCGAUUUUCCGCCGAUCUCCGUCAACCUUUCGAUGUUCCACAGUCUGAAAAAUACGCAUAUGUUGAGGAAAUUCUCAGUCUCCUUGAGAUGGAAGAUAUGGCUGAUGCAAUCAUUGGAGAUCCUGAAAAUGGUCUUGCAGUUGAACAACGAAAACGUGUGACUAUUGGAGUCGAACUCGCGGCCAAGCCUGAGCUGUUACUCUUCUUGGAUGAACCCACUUCUGGUCUUGACUCUCAAAGUGCAUUCAACAUCGUCCGUUUCUUGAAAAAGUUGGCAAAUGCUGGACAAGCUAUUCUCUGUACCAUCCAUCAGCCUAACGCAGCAUUAUUCGAGAACUUCGACCGAUUGCUCCUUCUCCAACGUGGAGGAAGAUGUGUCUAUUUCGGUGACAUUGGAAAAGAUGCUCACGUACUCCUUGACUACUUCCACAAACACGGAGCGGACUGUCCAUCGGAUGCUAACCCUGCUGAAUGGAUGCUCGAUGCCAUUGGUGCCGGUCAAGCCCCAAGAAUCGGAGAUCGCGAUUGGUCCGAUAUCUUCGCAGACUCCCCGGAACUCGCCAACAUCAAGGAUAACAUUUCCCAAAUGAAGACACGACGUCUCGCCGAUGUAGGCAACAAUGCCCCGGUUGACGAGAGAGAAUUCGCGACGCCUUUACUACACCAACUGAGAGUUGUUCAAGCACGUACCAACUUGGCUUUCUGGAGAUCCCCCAAUUAUGGUUUCACUCGUCUCUUCAAUCACGUUAUCAUCGCCAUCAUCACCGGUCUAGCCUAUUUAAAUCUCGACGAUUCCAAGGUUUCCCUACAAUAUCGUGUCUUCGUCAUCUUCCAAGUGACUGUUCUCCCCGCACUCAUUCUUGCUCAAGUCGAACCUAAAUAUGCUUUAUCUCGCAUGAUCUACUACCGAGAAGCCUCUUCGAAAAUGUACAGUCAAUUCGCCUUUGCAUCAUCACUAGUCGUGGCCGAAAUGCCCUACUCCAUUCUCUGCGCCGUCGGUUUCUUCCUCCCGCUCUACUACAUGCCCGGAUUCCAAUCGAUGUCCACGCGCGCCGGCUACCAAUUCUUCAUGGUGCUCAUCACCGAGCUCUUCUCGGUCACCCUCGGCCAAAUGGUAGCAGCCCUCACCCCUUCCCCCUUCAUCUCGGCACUCGUCAACCCCUUCAUCAUCAUCACCUUUGCCCUCUUCUGCGGCGUCACAAUCCCCAAACCCCAAAUUCCCAAGUUUUGGCGCGCCUGGCUCUACCAACUCGAUCCCUUCACUCGUCUCAUUGGCGGCAUGGUCGUGACGGAACUUCAAGGUCGAGAAGUUAAAUGUACUUCGUCGGAACUCAACCGUUUCAAUGCCCCUGCCGGUCAAACUUGCGGUGAAUACAUGGAAAACUAUUUCUCCGGCGGCGGUAUUGGAUAUAUUGUCAACAACGCCACCAGCGCCUGCGAGUAUUGUGCGUAUAAAUACGGAGAGGAAUUUUAUGAGCCCCUGGGCUUGGAAUUCAAUAAUCGAUGGAGGGAUCUGGGUAUCUUUUUGGCGUUUAUUGGGAGCAAUUUGAUUAUUCUUUUAUUGGCGUCGAGAUACCUCAACUUUAACCGUCGUUAA